GUCUGCAGUCAGAGGAGGGAAUGGAUCGGUGCGGAUGGGUGCUGGAGGGGUUCAGGUUGCUCCUGGCCCUCUGGCUGACGGCUGGGCCGGUGCCGGGUCAGGCUCGGCACCCUCUGCCUGUGCUGUGGCUGAUGCCGGUCAGCUCCGGGUUGGGUAGGGAGAACCUGACGGCUGGUGUGGCCCCGGCUGUGAGACUGGCUCUGCAGGACCUGAAGAAGCAACCGCCACCACUGGGGAACUAUGAGAUCCAGCUCCAGCUGCUGGACUCACAGUGCGAUCCCGCUAAAGCACUCAAAGCCCUGUUUGAUGCCAUGUGGACGGGGCCGAAGUACCUGCUGCUGUUUGGAGGGGUGUGCCCACCUGUGACGGCGCUCAUCGCUCGUGCUCUGCCGGCUCUCGGCCUGGUGCAGGUGUCUUUUGCGGCCUCGUCUCCCAGCCUGUACAACAGGAAGUUGUACAGAAACCUGUUCAGCACGGUGCCGUCAGACCGAGCCCUGAACCAGGCUGUGGUCAAGCUGCUGCAGCGCUACAAGUGGACCAGUGUCGGCGUUGUCACACAGGAAGGAGUCAGAUUCUCUGAGAUGAAGAAGGAUCUGAUCAGGCAGCUGCUGAAAGCCAGCGUUCACGUCGCUGCCACAGAGAGCCUCUCUGGAGACGUCUGCGGCGGCCUGAAGAAGCUGAAGGAUGAAGAUGUUCGAAUCAUCAUCGCUCAGUUUGAAGACGAGUCUGCGUCUGAGGUUUUCUGCUGUGCGUACAGACUGAACUUGUUUGGAGCUCGGUACCAGUGGAUCGUAGCUGGUGGAGGAGCAGCUGGAUGGAGGCUGGGGUGGAAGUUUUCAGGCUGUACGGCCAACAGUCUCCUGAUGGCGGCAGACGGAUCCAUUCAGCUGCACAUCAGAGAGCUCAGCAACGCAAAGAUGCCGGGAGUCUCUGGCCGGACUCCUCAGGACUAUCAGGACUCCUACCUCAGGCAGCUGAUCCAGGAGAGGUCAGAGGUCAGCUUUCUGCACUCCUUCGCAUAUGAUGCUGUUUGGGUUGCUGCCAGAGCUCUGAGUCAGGCGAUGGAAGCAGCGAAACGCAGAGAGAAAUACAACGCUGUGAGGAAUGUGACGGUCAGCGGGGAGGAGGUGGGGAGGACGCUGCUGGAGGCCGUGAGGAGCACGCAGUUUGAAGGAGUCACAGGUCCAGUUUUAUUUCGAAAUGGGGAGAGAAUGACGUCGAUCGAGCUGGUCCAGUUUCAAGUCAGCAGUGGCGUGUUGGUGGGGGAGUUCAGUACCAGCACCCAGCAACUCCGCCUGAUGAACCACCUGAUCAGGUUCAAAGGUCCAGGACCAGCUAAAGAGCAGACUAUGGUCCAUCUGCAGCACCAUCACAUCAGCCUCCUUCUUUACACCAUCAUUUCAUCAUCUGCUGGUGUGACCAUCAUCAUCACUCUAAUCGUCCUCUUCUUCAUCAUCAUCAAUCAUAAACGCUGGCGGAUCAGCUCCAGCCCAGGAUCCCUGGACGAGCUGCUCCUGCUGGGCAUCCUGCUCUCCUCCUCCUCAGUCCUGUUCUCUGGUCUGGACGAAGCCUCACUGUCUGAUGGGAUGUUGGAGGUCCUCUGUUCUGUCCAUCUGUGGACUCUCUCUGUGGGACACACUGUGGGCUUCGCUGCGCUCUUCACUAGAAUAUGGAGGGUCUAUUCAGUGUACAGCAUUAACCAGAAGAGUCCAGUGCCGCGAGCAGGCUGCAUCAUCUCCUGGUUUUUCCUGCUGGACGUGCUUGUUUUAACCUCCUGGCAAAUCCUGGACCCCCUCAGAUGGGUGGUGCUUCAGCAUAGCACAGAGGUCACGAGUGACCGUGCUGAUCAGGACGUUAUUAUCCGGCCGCACUCUGAACACUGCAGAAGCCUCAACAUGGAGCUGUGGCUCACUGCGGUCUAUGGAUACAAAGCACCUUUACUGGGUCUCGGAUGUUUCCUGGCCUGGAACAUCCGGACAGCAAAGGUCCGUGAACCCGCGGGCAGCAGCAAACACCUGGCUCUGAGCAUGUUCGCUCUGACUGUGUUCAGCGUGUCAGGCGUGUCGGGAUCGCUGCUGACGUCCCAUGAUCCCCCUGUUCAAUUCUGUGUGAGCAGCAUCCUAAUCCUCUGCUGUAACAUCUUCAUCCUGAGUGAGUGGUUUGGACCAAAGAUGGUGUUUGUGUGUUGGGGCGGGGGCGACCUGCAGCAGUCGUCCGGGCUGCAGAAUGAUGCUGCAGAUGAAGAUGAAGGCCGGCUGAGCAGGUUAAAUCAGCAGCUCAGGAAUGAAUUAGCACAGCUAGAUGUGGAAAUAGAAGCCAUCAGCAUGCAGCUUUCUGACACAUCAGAGAUGUUUCCACAUCUGACGAGAGAAAAACACGCGGCUGAAAUCGGAUCAGUGACUCAUGAAGCUCAGAUCUGUGCUGGAAACAGAAGCUGUGAGAGUGAAGCUUCAAGUCCGAAAGACAUCAACUCCCCCGAACACAUGCGGCGCCGUCUGUCUGUCCAGCUGCCCAUCCUCCAUCAUUCCUACCUGCCCGUCAUCGGUGGCGUCAGCUCCAGCAGCUCCGGCUUUUUUGGCAGCCAGGAAGUCUUUGUCGUCCACUAUGACAACUUCCUGUACACCUGAUGGCAGGAAGCUGCAGCUGUGACCUCCUUUGUGACUUUAUGCUGCAGACACACCAAUGAGCCACAACAUUAAAACCACUGACAACAUCAUCACAGCCCCUCCCCAAAGCCCCGUCCUUGGGGUCAUUUUCAUGAGUCCUACAGAACUCCGGAGGCUCAUUGAGCUGGGUUGGGGAGGCUGCUGACAUCCAGGAGUGUGUGUGUGUGUGUGUGCGUGCUUUGUGUGUGUGUGUGUGUGUGUGUGUGUGUGUGUGUGUGGAUGGUGGUGAUCUCCAUCUGGUUUUGAUGUAAAAUAAUUCAACUAAAAAAAAAAAAAAAUGUAGUAAACAAAAGGUUUGCCUUAAAAUAUUUUCUACCCUGGUGACUGUUUUUCUUAAAUGUUUCCUAUUUAAAUCCAUGUGACCUGCCGGAGUGCCGGUGCUCCCGACUGCCAACUGCUUUUAAAUGCCAGUAAAAUUGAAACCACAUAUGAUAGAGUGAUACGUCUUUUUGCAUAUAGAACCAGAGGAUUUACACUUGCAUAUAAUUCAACAUAUCCCAGAGUGCUGUAUCGUUCCUCUAACAGGUUUGCAAAAAUCACAUAGAAAGCGCUAACAACAACAUGUACUCGGUGCACUUUAUCGUGUGCAUUUUUUUUUUUUUUUUUUACUGCUCUCGGUGGAGACAGACUCUUCUCC